AUGUCACGUCAGUUUGAAGUUUACUACAUCCAUGACCCACCUGGGUUAACUUUAUCUGCCAUAUAUAAGGUGGACAGAACCCUCUGCGCUAUUGAAGGCUCCCAUGUGUUCCGAGGGAAGAACUUUUGGUUUGCAGCAUGUCCUUCCAGAUUAGGUAUCCCUAAUGCUCAACGGAUAUGCGGUACCCUUACUUGCGACAAAGACAGCUUUCUACAAGCUGCAGCGGAUGCGAUAAAUUCUAGCAGUCCAGGUGUCCAGAUAGCUUACCACAAGAUUAUACGACCAAAUGGGUUGGCAAAAGAUUUGAAGGGCUAUCUUGAACUGCAUAAAACAAUUACGCAUGAAUUCCUUCGGGCUCGGAAAGAAGAGAUUAUUGAUCUCAAAGAAGAGAUAGAGGAAGCCUGCAGAUAUCUAACCUAUGGUCAGUGGGAAGAGGCUCUGCGGAAGGUAAAAGUCCUGCAAGAUUCUUUAGCUCACAUGUGGACGAGAGGCGAAUGCGAAUCAGACCAGAACCCUUGGGUGUUACGACAAGGGAUAAACCCUCAUCAGACAGAAGUUAUCGCUCUGAAAGUGCAGAUUGAAGUUGUAUUGCAACUCCUCCAAGCCAGGGGAAGGGAGAAAACCAUCUAUACGUUACGAGGCAGGCGUGAAGAGCUAGCCUACGUAUUAGGGCGUGUUCAGGGGGAAAUCCAAUUGCUUGAGGGAGAACUUGGCCAGGCUCCCCAGCAAACCCAGGAUUUACUUAUGGUGUCUAGACCCCGAGUUCAUCAGUUCUAUCUCCUUUGUGGUAUUAUCCUUUUCCAUCAAGUGGAAAGCCAAGCUAUCGAGGAACACCGCCGGUUACUCGAUGAAAUGCUGUCUUGGGGGGAGAAGGAUUGGGAUCUAGAGCUGCGACGUCCAAACAGUAACUCUAGUAGCUACUAUACCGCUCUGUCAUACCACCUCCAAAGCAUCCCUCAGUUUAGGGGCCUUACCCUUUAUAAAAGUGAGCUAGAAACGCAGUACAAACGACUGGCUGCAGGAAUUCGGAGCAUGUCGGAGGGUGCAGGGCUACAGCUCGCAGAUCCGAAGAUGGAACAGUUCUCUGCGAUGCAAAACCUCCUGAUACUCGGCGCUGGGACGGGUUGGUUUACGGCUGCGCCAGUGGCCACAGGGUAUCUUCGGUCCCAAAUAAAUAUCAACGAGGUCAUUGGCAUGGCUUAUCAAUCACCUUUAUAUGAAAGUGUCGGGUUCGAAGACAUCGAGUCCAGAGUCGACUGCCAUCUAGAUAGCCUUCUCAUGUUCCUAGAACCACGCAAGGAGAGGGAAUUGCUCGAAGAAUGGGAACUUCUUGAGUUACCGGAUGUGUUGGAGGAGACCAAUCAGGUCAGCCUACAGGGGCAGAAGAGGCCAAGCCCCCAGCCAGAUGGCGAGAGCAACCAAAAGCGCCCGAAGAAGCGACCUUAG